AAAACAUUGUUCAAUAUUAAAUAGUAAUAUUGCGGGAAUAAUUCUGGCAUGCAUAUUUAAAAAAAAUGCAAAGUGGUCAUAUCAGAGUCAGUCGUCUGCCCGUCCUUGCUGAGACUUUUCGCGCCGGCAAAUUGAAUUGCUAUUACCGAUACUAAUGAAAGAAGCCUCCAAUAUUGUGACUCCAAACUCCAUUGUCUUCAUCCUCCAAAGCCUCUCCUUGCUCCUCUCGCUUCCACCACCGCCAUGUCCAUCUCAACCACCACCAACACCACCACCACCACUUCUUCUCAGAUCCUUCAACACACCUCCGCCUUCAUCUCCGACGUCCUCUUGCAUUCCCAGCUCCGACGCCGCCUCAUUUCCACCCUCCUUCGUGAGUCUCAAAUCUCCAGCCAAAUCACCCUCAAACACCUCAAUCUCGCCGCCAAUACUCUCGAUAAUGCUAUCUCUGUCUCCAAUCCCGCCAUUCGAUCCUCCUCCCUCAACCUCGCCGAGAAGCUCCUCCUUCCUCUACCUCAAAACCCCGUUUCCUCUUUCCUUCUCUCUCUCAUAUACAUGAUCAACAAGCGCCAACUUGAAGCCGCCUUAAGUCUUCUUCAAACCUUCUAUUUAAGCCCUUCGUUGGCCCGAUCGGAAAUCGCUCCGAUUCUCUACGAGCAGCUGUUUUCUCUCCACCUCCUCCCAGUUUUCCGAUCCUUCGAUGAACAAAGAGCGAGAAUACUGCCAUCUACAUCAGAAAAUUCAGCGCGCUACCCAGACGAUUAUUCAAUUUCGGAUGAAUAUGUCGUCUUGCCCUCCACGAAAUCUUUGUCGCAGAUGAGCAAUGAUCAAGCUUCAAAGCUAAGGGAAUUGGAGAGAGACUACGAAGAGGCUAUUGAUGAUAAUUGCAGGAUUAUUGCCGAGUACUUCAAAGAAGUUUUGGUGAAUAAUAACGGGGACUCGUCAACCAGUCCGCCAUUGUCGGUUCUGAAGAGCGAUAGAGAAGAUGCAGAAGUCGAGCAUAGCCAAGGGGAGACAGCGGAAACAAGUGUGCCUUUGUUUAAGAACGGACGGUAUAAUCAGCCAAUAUGGACCGAAACGGCACUCUCGAGUAGCAGUUUCAGCGCCAAGUGGUUGAAUGCACCAUUUUAUCCUCAAAGAGUCUCUCCUAAAAUUCUCAAACACCAAGAAUCUUCUAAAAAUCUGUCCUUACCAUCCCAUUCAGACAUAGACGCUGGAACUGAGCCUUCGGUGGAUGAAAAUAUGCCUUGCUAUUCGUCAGAAUCUGAAGCAGAAACUGAGGAAAAAGACAACAUGAUGGUAUCACUGAAGCCUCGACGAAGCCAAAUCCAAGAAUCAGAACCUGGACGUUCCCCAGAUUAUGCCAUGGCAGAUUAUGAUCACCAGCCGCAUAGAAACGAAAAAUGUAUGCCUCCCAAGGACUUUGUCUGCCCAAUAACUAGCAAUCUCUUUGAUGAUCCAGUGACUCUUGAGACAGGUCAGACAUAUGAACGGAAAGCCAUCGAAGAGUGGUUUAACAGGGGGAACUCAACCUGUCCAAUCACUCGCCAGAAGCUGCAAAAUACCCAACUUCCUAAAACAAAUUAUGUGCUCAAACGACUAAUUGCAAGUUGGAAAGAACAGAAUCCCAAUUCAAUCCCAUCUCCAUCUCCAUCUGACAGUCUACAUGCUGAAACUGAAGUAGAAAUCAAGUCAACAAUGCCUUCAACUUCUCCUAAUAGUGUUAUAACACAGGCCAAUGUUGAUGGGAUGAUUCGUGAGUUACGACAUGCAAUCAACAAGCUGUAUAUGUCAGAGGUCCUCGAGGAGUCUGAGAUGGCUGUGCUUCAAAUUGAGCAAUUAUGGAAAGAAGUAAACCUGGGAGUGGAUAUCCAAAGCAUGCUAUCCAAACCUCCAAUCAUUAAUGGGUUUAUGGAAAUUCUAUUUAAUUCUGUUGAUCCCCAGGUGCUUCAAGUAACAGUUUUUCUUCUGGCUGAGAUGGGUACUAGAGACAAUGCUGUUAUUCAGACUCUUACCCAAGUGGACUCUGAUGUAGAAUGCAUUAUGGCACUUUUCAAGAAAGGCUUGACCGAGGCUGUUGUACUAAUAUAUCUUCUGAAACCUCCUACUACGACUCUUGCAGAAAUGGCCAUGCUGGAGUCUCUCAUAACAGUUUUUGAUAAGAAAGAGGAGGACUUGCUUAAGAUGUGCAUAAAGCCAAAGUCAGCUGUGGUACUUUUACUGGCACGGAUUCUUGGAAGCAAUGAGGAGAGAAUUGCAUCUUCAGUAGCCAAGACUUUGAUAACUAAUAGAGUAAUUGGAUAUAUAAUUGGCAGUUUUCGAGCUGAGUGGGCAGAGGAGAGGAUUGCUGCAGCAGAGAUCUUAUUAAGAUGCAUCCAGGAGGAUGGAACUUGCAGGCACGUCAUUGCUGAAAGAGUUGAGCUCUCUCCCAUUUUGGAAAGCUUCGUUGGGGCGAAUGAUGCAGAACGUUUUAAGAUAAUUCAAUUUUUUUCUGAGUUAGUCAAAUUAAAUAGGAGGACAUUCAAUGAACAAAUCCUCCACAUUAUAAAGGAAGAAGGUUCUUUCAGUACAAUGCACACCUUCCUCGUUUAUAUGCAGACAGCCCUUCAAGACCAAUGUCCAGUUGUGGCUGGCCUCUUACUCCAACUUGAUCUUCUGGUAGAGCCAAGAAAGAUGAGUAUAUACCGUGAAGAGUCUAUAGAUACUCUUAUUUCAUGCCUCAGGAACACUGAUUUCCCGGCUGCCCAAGUAAUAGCUGCUGAGACAAUAGUGUCAUUGCAAGGAAGAUUCAACUUCAGUGGGAAGCCUCUUACUAGAGAAGUCCUUCUUAAACGUGCAGGCGUUAAUGGAAAUUAUAGAAAUCUUGAUCAGAUGGAUCAUAUCAGCGGAGAACUUGAAAUGAAUCCAGAAGAAGAGAAGGCAGCUGAUGAUUGGGAGAGAAAAAUUGCGUCCGUUUUAGUUAGCCAUGAGUUUGGCCUCCUUUUCGAGGCUUUCGCUGAAGGCGUGAAAAGUCGAAGUACACAACUAAGUUCAGCAUGCUUUGUGUCAGCCACAUGGCUUACAUACAUGCUUAACAUUCUACCUGAUACAGGAACGCGAGGAGCAGCCUGUGUCUGCAUGCUCAAGCACUUUGUAUCUAUAUUAAAAUCUUCUAAGGACACAGAAGAUAGAGUCCUUUCUAUGCUUGCUUUAAACAGCUUUCUUCAAUACCCUGACGCAUUGCUUGAUCUUUCUUCCUACACUAAGGAUGUCCUAAAAGGUCUAAGAGAGCUAAAGAGAUUCUCCCCCCUUGCAUCUGAAAUGCUCAAAUUUUUGGUUGAAGAGAAUGAAUCUAAAGCAGGCAUCUGGAUGCAUAAGGAGUUAAUUCAGGUAGAUUGCAGUGAGAAUGGAGAAGUGUUGUCUGUCAUUUGUCACAAGGAUAAAAUUUUUUCAGGUCAUUCAGAUGGAACUAUCAAGGUCUGGACAGUGAGGGGGAGCUUAUUCCAUCUGAUACAAGAGACGCAAGAACACACGAAGGCUGUUUCAAGUUUGUCAAUUUUAGAAUCUAUUGACAGACUGUACAGUGGUUCACUUGAUCGAUCUGUUAAGGUCUGGUCUAUCGGAAAGUCAGCAAUACAAUGCGUACAAGUGCAUGACAUGAAAGAUCAUAUUCAUAAUUUAGCUGUAACCAACAACAAAUUUUGCUACAUUCCCCAGGGAAAUGGUGUCAAGGUUCAAUCAUUGCAUGGAGAACUGAGGCUGUUAAACAGUAACAAAUACAUCAGAUGCUUGGCUCUUGCUCAAGAGAGACUAUACUGUGGAUGUCACGACAACAGUAUUCAGGAGAUUGAUUUGGAAAAAGGAACUGUCAAUACCAUUCAAAGUGGUUCUAAAAGAUUGCUUGGUAAAGCAAAUCCCGUUUAUGCCCUGCAGAUACAUGGUGAACAUAUAUAUGCAGCCAGUUCUACUCUGGAUGGAGUUGCUAUAAAGAUAUGGAAAAAGUCCAAUUAUAGCAUGAUUGGAUCACUUGUAACUGCUUCAGAAGUGAGGACGAUGGCAUUGAGCUCAGAAUUAAUUUACUUAGGAUGCAAGGGAGGAGCUGUGGAAAUUUGGGAUAGGAAGAAACAUAAUAGAAUUGAUACAUUACAGAUUGGUACGAAUGGUAAGAUCACUUGCAUGGCUAUCGAUGACAAUGAAGAAAUUUUGGUGAUUGGAACAUCUGAUGGCCGAAUUCAGGCGUGGGGAAUAAACUAAGGGGGUGGUCCAAAAUUUUCUUGCUGGAGACAAAAGGUCGUCAACAUAUCUGACCGAGAUUAAAUUUAUUGAACCUUUGAAAAGUUUUUGUUUGAGAUAUAUUUUGUAAGAUGUACAUAGCUUAAAAGUCUAUACGUAGAGAAAUGUCAACAUAGCUUAAAAGUCUAUACGUAGAGAAAUCUUCUUCUUCUUCUUCUUCUUCUUUCAUUUCUUCUGAGAGUCAUGCUACGGUGUAACUAGUAUUAAACAAGGUUAUUAGCAGAAGGUGAAAUUAAACCA